AUGGACUCGACAACUUCAUCCUCACGGUUCUCGGUUAGCAGUCCUCAAUCGGGCCCUUCUGCUGGCAUACAGAAGGGCCGGCAGCGCACCAUUACCGCGUGCCUGACAUGCCGCCGUCGGAAGGUCAAGUGCGAUCAUGCGCAACCUGUAUGUACUCCAUGCCAGAGAGGCGGCCGUGUUUGCACGUAUGUCACUCCACAGCCUGUCUCACAGGCACCCUCCCGUGUGGGGACCGGCAGUCGAGUGUCGCGGACCAACCUUCGGUCUGGCCAAGAGGAGAUCCGUAGUCGCCUCGAACGGCUGGAAAAACUACUGGAGCGAGCGAUCUCCGGUGGGGGUAACAUGUCGAUAUUGCCUGAUGCAAAAGGAACUAGUACAGGAAGCCUCUCUGACGUUGACCAGGGAGGGAAUGCAUUACCCAACCCGAAAUGCGAAACUUUGUCAGCUGAUGGUUAUGACGGUGCCUUGCUCCUGGAGGCCGAAGGAGGCCAAUCCCGCUGGGUUUCGUCUCUGCACUAUGCUCUCUUAGCUGAUGAGAUUCACGACGUCAAAAUGCUGCUGGGAGAUCAAUCUAGUGGUGCACCGGCUGAUAGUCCACCGUCAGACCAGCCAACCCCCCCAUUCCCGUUUUCUGGUUCGACCGUGGAAAGCCUUACGCCUUGGUCUCCCAAGUCGGCAGAGGAUUGCUUGGCAUUGCUUGAAAUUUUCUAUUCCAAUGUUGAUCCGAUGACGAGACUGGUACACAAACCUACGCUGCAACGACGAUUCACCCAAUAUAUUAACCAUACAUACGGCACGAGGACUCAAAGUCCGGGUGUAGAAGAGGCCGCCGAUGCGUCGCGACCUGAUCACACCAUCCAUGCCUUCGAGCCUCUGGCGCUGGCUAUAUUCUACUCAGCUAUCAACAGUUUGUCGGCGGAAGAUGUUAUGAUGCGAUUUGCUGCAGAGAAAGAUGCCCUCCUGGCUCAGUUUCAAAGAGGGGUGGAACUUGGGUUAGGACGAGAAGAUUUCCUAACGACCCCAAGUAUUGAGGUUCUACAGGCUUUUGUCCUGCUUCUGACUUGCCAAUCCCGGGAAGAUGACAUGUCAAGGACGUGGACGCUUCUUGGCCUUGUUGUUAGAAUGGCUCUCUCCCAGGGUCUUCAUAGAGAACCCUCCUUGUUCCCGUCAAGUAAUAUGGAUGUUGUCCAGGUCGAGACUCGUCGCAGGCUGUGGCAUCAGAUAUGUCAUCUCGACUUCCGUUCCGCAGAAGGUAGGGGCCAGGAGCCCACAAUAGCAGACGAGGACUACACUACGCUGCUACCACGGAACAUCAACGACGAAGAUCUCAUUGAAGGAGCGCAUCCAACUGCGGAAACAUACUCACCUCCUGGAUUUACCGACAUGACAGGCCAUUUGAUUCGCUUGCAUGGCAUCCACUGCUUCCGAAGAAUCGUUCGGAGCACUUAUCGGCUGGAGCGGAGAAUCAAGUCUUCGGUUGCCAACGGAAAUGGUAACCUAUAUCCAAUCGCAGAGCUUCAGUCUUUGUUUGUCGAGGUUCGAACCAUGGUGGAUGAAAUGGUCAAUCAUCUCCAAACUCAAUACUUGCAAUACUGCGACCCCCAAAUUCCGCACCAGCGCAUGGCCCUUGGUCUUGCGGCCGUAAUUGAAUGGCGAUGCUGGUCGAUUUUCUGGCUGCGAACCCCGAAACAAUACCGGGAGGCCGUCGUGUCCCCUGAGAUCCGACAAACGGUAUUGGCAAAGUCAGUCAGCCUCGUGGAGAGCCUGAACAUGAUGUCGGAUGACAAAGAUGCCCAGAAGUUCCAGUGGCAUAUAGGUGGUCACGCCUGUUUCCAAUCCAUUAUGCACAUCGUAUCGGAGCUUGAAACACCGGAAUUCCAAGCGGCCAACCACCGUUCGCUCCGGUCUCGCGCAUUGAGCGUCUUGAAAAGGACGAUGGAUACAAGAGGGCAUGAAGUCACGCCUAUGUGGAAUGUGAUCAAUCGUAUCAUCUCGAACUGUCUUGCCAAAAAUGCGCCGUCUACCUUCCCUUUAUCACCAUUUCAGGCAAUGUUUCCUCCAAAUGCAGCGAUCCCCGGAUUAGGCUCCUCAACUACUGUCCCGCCUCAGACAAUUGCACAAAAUUCAUCAGUAUCGGGAGGAUCCGCAAUGGCAACCCCGUUGCCUGAUCUGUCGGAGGUAGGAAGUCUGGACAUGCAGGAUCCCACCUUGGCGUUUGACUGGGGGUUUUGGAACUUUGAUCCCGCAGAUCCUGGCUCCUAUUGA